AUGCGGACCCUCCUGCCGCUACUCUGGGCGCUUCUGCUGGGGCGCGGCCUGAACGCUGUCCCCCCGACCCUCAGCACUUACGACGAGGGCGAAGGCGAGGACGACAGCCCCGGCGGAGGGGAGGGGGGCCCGGGCGGUCAGCGGCUCAGCGUCCCUCUCCCCUCCCCAGGUGGGACCCUGGGGCCCUGGACCCAGCUCCCGGAGACGCCCGCGCGGCCUCGCAGCUUCCCGGGCCAGCCCUGGGCCAACGACAGCGGGACGCUGGAGCUGUCGGCGCGCGCCCGGGCGCUGCUGCUGGGCUGGGUGCCCACGCGCCUGGUGCCCGCGCUCUACGCCGUGGUGCUGGCCGUGGGGCUGCCGGCCAACGGGCUGGCGCUCUGGGUGCUGGCCACGCGGGUGCCCCGGCUGCCCUCCACGCUGCUGCUCAUGAACCUGGCGGCCGCCGACCUGCUGCUGGCGCUGGCGCUGCCCCCGCGCCUGGCCUACCACCUGCGCGGCCAGCGCUGGCCCUUCGGGGAGGCGGCGUGCCGCCUGGCCACGGCCGCCCUGUACGGCCACAUGUACGGCGCGCUGCUGCUCCUGGCCGCCGUCAGCCUGGACCGGUACCUGGCCGUGGUGCACCCGCUGCGGGCCCGGGCCCUGCGCGGCGGCCGGCUGGCCGCGGGGCUGUGCGCGGCCGCCUGGGCGCUGGCCGGCGCGCUGGCCCUGCCCCUGCUGCUCCAGCGCCAGACGUUCCGGCUGGCCGGCUCGGACCGCGUGCUGUGCCACGACGCGCUGCCCCUGGGCGCACAGGCCGGGCCCUGGCGCGCGGCCUUCGUGUGCCUGGCCGUGCUGGGCUGCUUCGCGCCGCUGCUGGCCAUGGCCGGGGCCUACGGCGCGUCCCUGCGGGCGCUGUCCCGGGCGGCGGCCGGCGGGGGCCGCUACGGGCCGGCGCGCAGGCUGAGCGCGCUGGUGCUGGCGGCCGCGCUCCUCUUCUUCGCGCCCAGCAACGUGCUGCUGCUGCUGCACUACUCGGACCCGGGCCCGCGCGCGUGGGGCGACCUGUACGCGGCCUACGUGCCCUGCCUGGCGCUCAGCGCGCUCAACAGCUGCCUCGACCCCUUCCUCUACUACUACGUGUCGGCCGAGUUCCGCGCCAAGGUGCGCGAGGGGCUGCGGCAGCUGCCCCCCGCCGAGCGCCACGCGGCCGCCAGCCUCUCCAGCGGCUCCCAGGCGGCUGCUUGCCCGGGGACCCGGUCCUCGUCGCUGAUUGAGAUCCGGGCUCAGGGACACCUCAAGACUGCUCGGGACGCAUGGAGGCCCCCUCCCCCAGCCUGCUCCCGAAAGCCCUGGUGCUCCCUAUCACUGGGGAGCGCGCUCCCUCCACCUUCCAGGGCCAGGAGGGUGGAGCACCAGGGCAUGGAGUACUGGGAGCACAAAGGGGCAGAGUGUGGGGAGUAG